AUGGCUGCGCGGAUGAUCUCCGGAGCGGGCCUUGGCGGAGCCAGAUGCGCGCAGUUUCCCCCGUUUGGGUGGCCUUUCCCCGGGUACGGGGAAGUGGGGGCGAGUAUGAGGCCGAGCUCUCUUAUGGCGUUAGAAGGGCAUGCGUGUAUCGGGGAUAAGAGAAGGCUGGGAGACGGGAAGGCGGACGCCGGGGACGACGACACCCACGCGCGGAAGCGGCGCAGGCGGAGGGGGUGCGCAGAGCACACAGUAGGCGGGGAGGGCGAGGAGGUUGCGGGGGGGAACGGCGCCCAUCACGACAGGGGGAGCGCGGGGGAAUCGGGAGAGAGCGCGGAAAGGGGGACGCAUGGGAAAGGGGAUGGGGGAGAGGAGAAGGAGUGCAGUAACUGCGGCACGCACACGACCCCGUUCUGGCGGAAGGACAGGGCGGGGGGGGGGCAACACCUGUGCAACGCGUGUGGGCUGUACCUCGCUAAGAACGACGCCCCGAGGCCCGCUGUACUGUGGAAACGAGAUGCACAUGGGUCUCAUGACACGGCAUCACAUGACUCUCCUCUUCGUGAAGCAGCACGGCACGGGGCAUCCCACCCUCCCCUGCCACAUCUCGCUCACUCUGACCCUGUUGCCGCUGCUGGUCCUGCUGCUGCUGCUCCUGCUGCUGCUUCUCUAGUGGGCCAUCUACCAGCAGUUGUCCCUCACAGCAACCAUGUCUCGCCUGCUCUUGUCCCUCCACCUCCCGCUGUUCACUGA